AUGCGGCAGACGGUGACGCGGGUCACGUGGCGUCGCACGGUCGAGAUGCCGAGAGCACGGCGGGGGAUGCCUCUAGAGAAGCAGACGGUCAUUGCGGACAGAGGCGGUGGAGGUGACCCGGAGCUGACGGGGCGGAGGCAGAGGAGCGGUGCCGGUCCGAAGCACCCGAGGGAUGGUGGAGGUGACAGAGGAAGUGGAGGCGGAGGUCCACUGGAGGAAGAGCUGCAGCCGACACCACCGAAACAGAGAAAGUUGCAGCACCAGCAGCAGCCACAGCCGAUUCGCAGCCACCGGGGUGACACGGCAGGAUCUGCGGGUCCGGUUGGCAGCAGAGGCCGUGGCCAGAGCCGAGGCCGCGGAAGUGGCAGGGGGCGGGGAGGCGGGCGCGGCUCGGGGGCUCCCGGCCCUUCCGAAGUCAGGAGUGGGGCGGAAUUCCGACCCUUCGACUACAGCCAGGUGGACUACCAGAGCCGCUUCAAGGGUGGCAGCAAGAGUGCAGGUGUCGCGAAGGACGGGGCCAACUCGAAGAGAGCCAAGGGCAAGAAAGGGAAAGCCAUGUUUGCCGGCAAGAUGAACCAGAAGAGCAUCACAUUCGCCAAGAAGCUGCUCUGAGUCUGGGGCGACUGACGUGUGCAACUCUGUACAGACUGUAACGAGGAAGCAUUUAUCCAUUGUUGUAUUGAUGUGUUUUUUAAUAAAAGUUUGGAGGAAAAUUAACUUUUCCUCUCAAAAGUGA